AUGUCCGAUGUCAACAUUGGCGACGUGCAAGGCAUUCCAAUCAUUGACUUCGCCCCUUUCAUAGAUGGUUCGAACAAGCAGGGUGUGGCUGAUGCCAUGUACAGAUCGUUCAGAGAUGUUGGUUUUGUGUAUCUGGUUAACCACGGUUUGCCGAAGGAGAAGAUAGAUGAGAUGUUCGAUUGGUCUAAGAAGUUCUUUGCCCAGCCUAUGGAUGUAAAACAACUCGCUCCUCAUCCUCCGUCCGGAACACAUCAUCGUGGAUAUUCUGCUCCUGGAAUUGAGAAGGUUUCGCAGCAUGUCUAUGAUUCAGAUGAGAUCACCAAGAUCCGCAAUGCACCGGACGUCAAGGAGAGCUUCGAAUGCGGGCGCGAGGAUAGCGAACAUAUGCCUAAUAUCUGGUUGCCGGAGGGCAUUCUUCCUGGCUUCAAAGAAACUUGCCUUGGUUUCUUCUGGGCUUGCUACAAAGUUGAGCUGACCAUACUGAGAGCUCUUGCUCUGGGGCUGCAUUUGUCAGAAGACUAUCUGGUUCAGUUUCAUGCCGCUCCAGAUAAUCAACUUCGGCUACUUCAUUAUCCCAGUGUACCGCUGUCACAGUUGAAAAACGAUGAAAUUGCCCGCAUCGGUGCCCACUCGGAUUUCGGCAGUCUUACUAUGUUGAUGCAGGACAACGCUGGCGGUUUGGAAGUCGAGAAUCCGAACAGGCCGGGCGAGUUCACUCCUGCAACUCCUAUUGAAGGCUCCAUAAUCGUAAACGCGGGUGACUUCUUAAUGCGAUGGUCUAACGAUACAAUUAAGAGCACUGUCCAUCGUGUUCGUGCGCCUCCCAACCUCGUCUCGGCCGAUGGUAUGACACCAGAACGCUACUCUAUUCCCUACUUUAGCUCCGCGGACUACACUAAAACAGUGGAUUGUCUUCCUGGGACAUACUCGGCUGAGAACCCGAAGAAGUAUGAAGCGAUUUCCGCUAAGCAGUAUAUCUGGCAACGCCUUGCGGCUACGUACUGA